AUGGCGAUGCGCAAUCCGCUCCUCCGGCUGGUUCCCUCUCGAAUCAUCCAGACAACCAGCAUUUCUCGACAAUUUGUUCGCCCUUUCACCCGAAACACGACCCCAUCGGUGCCCUCCCCGACACCGUUUGUCCCCGAUGUCCAAACAUUCCUCACCCUGAUCGGCCGCGAAAUGUCGAAGCACGCGAGCAAGAUCACAUCCUGGGAGCAACUCUUCUCUUCGAACUCGGACCAGCUUCGCAACCUUGGAAUUGAACCCGCCCGCCAGCGACGAUAUCUCUUGCGAAAGCGCGAAAAGUUCCGGAAUGGACUGUACGGCCCUGGAGGCGAUCUGGAACAUGUCGUUGAUGGAGUGGCUCAAUUGCGUGUAGUGGAAGUUCCCCUGCCAGCCAAGGAUCCCAAGAAGCCCAUUGUCGGGCCCUCCUCUGCAAACCUGACACCAGGCAUGAUGAAGGCCAUUGUGAAUUUGGCACCAGAUGCAACCGAAUACACGCACCAAGCGACCAAAAGUUUGAAGCAGUUCGCGCACAUGAAGAUCCAUCGUGGCACCAAGAUUAUGGGACCAUUUCUCCAGCCUAUUAAGGGAAGCCACGGCUCUGCUGCAACCAUUUCCGUUCAGGAGGGUAUGUGGGAAGAUAAGCGUGGACGCAAGGUCGAUGGUGGUGAACGACGACAGGUGGAGGUGAGGGCGAAGAAGAGACUCGAGGAGCGAAGAAAGCGGGCAUAG